GUCGCUGUCUCUCAAUAGCGAGUGGUGGUGGGCACCGUGCGCCAGUGGGCACAGUGCGCACCAACCUCCACUGUCCAGGGAGAUCACACACUGAUAACAAAAGAGAGAGAAUGGAGAACUCCUCUCUCUCUCUAGCUCUCGCUUUCCUUGUUCAACUUCAUCAAUGGUCACUUUCACUCCCUUCCUUUUCGAAGCUACUUAAGAGCGACUGAGUUACCAAUUCUGUAAAAAGCUUCGGAUGAGUUUAUGGCGAUUUAGUCCAGCUAGGGUUUCCAAUUUUGAAUGUGCGAUUAGUUUGGAUGAGGAGUUGGUGGUGGUGACAUGGAUCCUCCCACGCUCAUAAACCAAGGGGCGUCUUAUCAUUUGGCUGAGAUCUGGAACUAUCCGAUCAGUGGUGGUGGCGCUGGGGAGGCUGGAGGUGGUUUGGAGCUGAGGGGAGGGCAUCUUGGACAGAAUUUGGGGCACUUUGGGGAUAAUGCUGGCGUAGGAGGCGCGAAUCGUGAAGCGUCUGGUGGUGGUGAUGAUCCGAUGGUUUUGGAGCGUAGUGGAGGGAGGAAGCGGCGUGAUGCGGCGACAGAGGAUGAGGGGGGGAAGGCCGUGUCAACCAGCGGCGGCGGCAAUGUUGCGAAUGAUUGUGAUGGCAAGCGUUUAAAAACUUCGGGAUCCAGAGAUGAGAACCGUGAUUCCAAAACUGAAGUGGAAACCAGUUCAGGCAAGCCUGUGGAACAAAACCCUCAAUCAGCUGACCCACCUAAGCAAGAUUAUAUUCAUGUACGAGCAAGAAGGGGUCAAGCUACUGAUAGCCACAGUCUAGCUGAAAGAGCUAGAAGAGAAAAGAUCAGCGAGAGGAUGAAAAUUCUCCAGGACUUGGUCCCUGGUUGUAAUAAGGUUAUUGGCAAAGCGCUGGUCCUUGAUGAGAUUAUUAAUUACAUCCAAUCAUUACAGCGUCAGGUUGAGUUCCUGUCAAUGAAACUUGAGGCUGUCAAUUCGAGAAUGAACUCUGGCAUUGAAGGAUUUCCUUCAAAGGAUUUUGGUCAGCAAACAUUUGAUGCUGCUGGUGUGGCAUAUAGUUCACAAGCAACAAGAGAAUAUGGCCGGGCCUCAUCGCCAGAAUGGUUGCAUAUGCAGGUUGGUGGUGGUUUUGACCGAACAUAAUUUACAUAAUCCUAGUAAUUUGGUAAUAAGAGCAUUUAGAAGCUGUUCUUCCUCCUUCAGUGACUUGUCAAAUACUAUCAUGUUGUUUUUAAGUUAAAGAGAGAUCUAUUUCCAUUUUCGACAUUGGGCAUGGAGGUGUAAUUUCUGUCUAUAAGACUUCUUUGAUUUAAAAUCUGGACAUCUCCAUUUCUGUGUGUUAGAAAAUGAUUUCUUUUAUCUCAAAAUAUGUUGCAGCAGCUUGAUGUUCUUCUUUGUACUAAUAUCCAAACAGAACCCCCCAGAGUAGGUAUUGUUCUUGUAAAAGAUUACUGCUUGUUCAGAGUUUGUAAUUCUUAAAGAGUUUAAUCCA